AUGAGAAAAAACCGAAAAUCUGAUUUUUAUACACUAUUUAAACUCACUAUUCAAUCUUCACUUAUUUUGGACAAUUGUACAUUUGUCGUUGAUGGGGGUUGGUUAUUGCGACAAGUAGUGUGGUCUCGUGGAAAAACUUACAACGAAAUUUUCAAUCUUUACUUGUCCUACAUAACCAAAUUUUUCCGAGAUGAUGCCGUUGUAAUAUUUGAUGGAUACCGGGAUGACAUAAUUGGUGUAAAAUCUUAUGAACGAUUACGUCGUAAGGAACAAUGCAUGGCAGCUGAUGUAGAAAUUGCAUUAGAUAAAUUAAUGAUCACUACACAAGCUAAAUUUCUAUCAAAUAUUGCGAACAAAUUUAAAUUUGUACAAUUAUUAUCAGCAUAUUUAAUUGCGAAUGGUAUUAAAACAGUAGUAGCUAAUGAAGAUGCAGAUAGCUUGAUUGUAAACACGGAAAUUGAUAUUAAGAAUCACAGAAGCUCAGCAGAUCCAUCAGUUGUAGUGGUAGGAAACGAUGUCGAUUUGUUCUUGUUGCUCAUUGGCCUUACUCCCGAGGACAAUAUGAUGUAUUUUUACAAAAUCACAUCAACUGGUAAACAAAAGAAAGUACUGUAUUCAACAGGGUACUAUAAAGAAUUCAAACCUUUUAUUUUGUUUGCUCACGCAUUUGCCGGUAGUGAUUCAACGAGUGCUAUUUACAACAAAGGGAAAAAAAAACGAUCAUCGAUUUACUGCAAAAAAAUGACGAAUUACGCGAUUCUAUUUCAAUAUUCUACAAGCAGGAUAGUAAUAUAG